AUGCCCGGGAAAAUUGGCACCCAUUCGGGUAAAUUCCACUGCGAUGAGGCUUUGGCUUGUUUCAUGCUGAAACAGCUGCCAGAAUUCAAGGAUCACGAAAUUGUAAGGUUUAGAAGAUGUUUUCGAUUUUAAAAUGAAUGAAAAUUUGAAGGUCACGCGACCCAGCGGUCCACGCGACGUGCGAUAUCGUUGUCGACGUUGGCGACGUUUUCGAUCACGAAAAACGACGUUAUGAUCAUCACCAAGCGUAAAAAUUGAUCAAUUUGAUUGUUUUAUGGAUUUUGAUCAAUUUAGAGGCUUCACACAUACAAUGGAUAGUUUGGGAUCCCUGAAAUUUAAUACGAAAUUAAGUUCCGCCGGCUUGAUUUAUGCUCAUUAUGGAAAAGCGGUCAUUAACCAGGUUUUUCUGGGGUUUUUUUUGCGUGAUUAACUAUAUAAUUUUUCAGUUACUCGGUGGAAAUGCGGGACAAGAUCAGGUGGACAUGAUUUUCCAUAGGAUUUAUGAAAAUUUCAUCGAAGGAGUUGAUGCGGUUGACAAUGGUAUCCCACAAUAUGACGGAUUGCCCAGGUUUCAAUAGAAUUUUUGGAAUUUCCUCACAGUUAUAUUUAAGAUACCGUAUGCCCGGGAAUUUGUCAAGCCGAGUGGAUCAUUUCAAUCCGAAUUGGAAUGAAAAUGAUGUGAAUCCCGAUGACCGAUUCGUUUUGGCCAUGAAUUUUGUUGGAGGUGUUGAUUUUUGUUCAGAUUUUCAUGAACUUUCUGAAAAAUCUGCCUUUUUCCGAAUAAAUAAUGAAGCGGAAGUGUUAUUUUGAUAGUUUAGGCGAAUUUGCGGAUGCUGUGAAAUAUUUGGCCAAUGUGUGGUGGCCGGCCCGUUCCUUGGUGGAAAAGGCCGUGGAUUCCAGAUUUUCGGUUAGUUUUAGUGGGAAAAUAGGUAGAGGAAUGAGAAAAGAAGGUUUUUUUUUUGAAAAAAACGUUUGAAAUUUACAAUUUGUUAUGAUUUUUUACAGUUUGAAAGGUAUUUUUCAUAUUUUUUUAGGUUUCGAAAUUCGGUUUUUUUCUUACUGUUUUUCAGUGAAUUUCGUCGCUUAUGAAUGAAAUAUUGAAUUUUACUCAUUUUUAAAAAAUUAAGGUCGACGAUUCCGGGAAGAUCAUCCAAUUGGAAGGCGGCGGAGUGCCCUGGAAGGAACACUUUUUCGAAAUUGAAGCCGAAAGAAAUUUACGCGGAGAAAAUAUCACUUAUAUCAUUUUUGAAGGUUUAAUUGGAUUUUUUUAUGAACAUAAUGAAUUUUCAAGAUUCCACCAGUCAUCAAUAUCGAAUCCAAGCGAUCCCGACGUGCAAAACGGCUCAAUUCGAAAAUCGGUAAUGAUUUCGAAAUUGUCAUUUUUUUCCGGUUUUUUUGAGUAUUUCUCAUGAUUAUGCUGUUUCACUGAAGAAAUAUUUAAAAAAAUCAAAAAUUUUUUUCGGAAUUUUUUUGCCACAUUUUUUUGAAGUUUUUUUAUAAGAUUUUUUUCAAUGUCGGGCCCUUUUUUUCUUGGUAUUUCGCUCUGAAAAAUUCAGAUUUAUGAUUUAUUUCAAGUUUUUGGAAGUUUUUAGAGAAGAAGUCGUGAAAAUAAGGGGUUUUAAAGGAUAAAAGAGAAAGAGAAUUUGAGAGAAUAGAGUAUGUUUUUCAUAAAUUACCUUUUUUGUAGAUUUUUAUACGUCUCAGGAGUUCUGAAAGGCUUUUUGCUCAGUUUCAAAGGAUAUAAUAUUUUUUUAAACGUUCGAAAAUUCCCUCUAGUGACAACUUUACCAAUCCCUCCACUAAAGCUAGCAAAAGUGGUCCUUAUAAGGGUUUCAUUAAGUGGCCCCUAUAGGGGACUUGCUGGUCGAUAAGUUAUAUGAACUCUAUGUGAAUCUUCAUGCGAAAAACGAAAAAAUAACCUAUUUUGAAUAAAACCUAGCGACCCCCAUAGGGACCACUACAGCUUUAUGGCUAAGGGGUCAUACCCUGAACCCCUAUAGGGACCACCUUGAUCUUACCCCUACAGGAACCCCUUUUGCAGUCGUUAUAGGGUCUGUUUUACUCCUAAACCCUAUAGGGACCACUCUAAAAUCCCUAAGUUUAGAACACAGUUGCUUUGAUGACCUUUUUAAACAAUUUUUGAAGUUCCAGAAAUUACCGACUUAUCUCUUUUUUUAAAUAUCUAAAACGAUAAAAUUAAUAUUAUUUGAAAAUUUGAAGGCUCCCCCUACCGGCUGCUUGGCGGGCCAAGCGUGACGAAAAAUCUCAGCGAAGUUUCUGGAAUCCCCGGAGGCGUUUUUUUGUCCAUGCCAGUGGUUGGUUUUGAACUCCGCUACCUGAUUUUUUUAAUAUUUUUUUAAAGUUUAGGAUUUAUUGGUGGCAAUAAAAACGCGUGAAGGGGCGGUGAGAAUGGCUCGGGAAGCGUUGAAAAUCGGCGGAAUCGAGGUGAAUUUUUCGUUUUGAAAAAUUUUCUAAAAAAAUUUUUCUGGGAUUUUUUUGUAGAAUUAGUAUGAAGGAAUGACAAAAAGUACAAAAAAACUAUCAUUUUUUUGGGUGUGUAAAAAAAUUUUUUUCCGGUUGUAAAUUUGAAAAGAGAGAAUUUUUAGAUAACGAAAAAAAUGGUUUUUGUAGCAACUGUGACUUAUAAUUUUUCUCUGGAAUCAUUUUUUUGUAACGGCAAUAUUUCGAAGAUUCGUUUGAAAAAAAGGCUUUUUUUGUUAUGUUUUUUUGAAUGAAAAAAAUGUAUGGAAAGGUAAGAAAAAUUUUUUUAAAAAAACUAUAAUUUUUUUGAGCUGAGGAAUCAUUAUGCGGUGAGAAUUAUGCUAAAAUAAAAUAUACAUAACUGAAAAAAAUAAAUCUAUAUCUCAAUUUUUCCUCUCGAAUCAUAUUUUUGUACGAUAAUUUUUCUGAAAAUUUAGACCAUUUUUGGAUUCUCAUCGAAAAUUUGAGCUUCCCAGUAGUUUAAAAAAAGUUGUUUCAUAAUAUUUUUUUCAGAUCGUUUGAAAAGUUUCAAGUUUUUUUCUAUUAAGAGCUUAUCAUCGAUUUUUUUAAAAAAAUGUGUUUCUUUUACUUCAGUCGCAAAACGGGAAUGAGGCGAAGGAGGCGAAAAUCGACGAUUCCACGGUCAAAGUGACGGACGCCGAAAUGAACGCCUGA